UUGACGUUGUUGGACUUUGCUCUGGUCUGCACCGGCGGGGAAGUUAGCUGUGACUCUAGCAACACAUUACUGAGCUUUGUUAAGAUCAUCAUGGCUCUCACACAAGUGUCCUCAAACAAGUGUGCAGGUGGAUUCCAGAAGGUUUUUGAACAUGACAGCUCUGAGCUGAAGUGUAAGAUGAAGUUUGCAGUCUACCUGCCUCCCAAGGCUGAGACCGACAAAUGUCCCGUCAUGUACUGGCUCUCUGGUCUCACCUGCACAGAGCAGAACUUCAUCACCAAGGCUGGCGCUCAGCUCGCUGCUGCAGAGCACGGCAUCAUCAUCAUCGCUCCAGACACCAGCCCACGUGGCUGUAACAUUGAAGGGGAGGAUGAGAGCUGGGAUUUUGGCACUGGGGCUGGUUUCUAUGUCAAUGCUACCCAGGAGCCCUGGAAGACCAACUACCGCAUGUACGCCUACGUCACUGAGGAGCUCCCCAAACUGAUCAACGCUAACUUCCCCACCGACCCAGACAGGAUGUCCAUCAGCGGUCACUCCAUGGGGGGCCAUGGGGCGCUCAUCUGUGCCCUGAAGAACCCUGGGAAAUACAAGGCUGUGUCUGCGUUUGCCCCCAUCUGUAACCCCAUCCAGUGUCCCUGGGGACAGAAGGCCUUCUCAGGAUACUUGGGCUCUGACAGGUCCACAUGGGAGGCAUACGAUGCCACCGUGCUGGCGGCAGCGUACUCCGGUCCUCAGCUGGACAUCCUCAUUGAUCAGGGCCGUGAUGACCAGUUCCUGUCAGCCAGCCAGCUGCUGCCUGACAACCUGAUCGCCGUCUGCUCCGAGAAGAAAAUCCCUGUCGUCUUCAGACUGCAGCCGGGUUACGACCACAGCUACUUCUUCAUCUACUCCUUCAUGAACGACCACAUCAAGCAUCAUGCCAAGUACCUCAAUGCCUGAACCCCCCCCCCCACAGAGCACGCUCCUGUCCUGUUCACUGUCACCUCACAUCUGUUCCUUCAGUCUAAACAGCACUUAGUGUUUGAAGUAUCUGUAUGAUGGUUCAGUGGACAGUGUUCAGAUGAUCAUCAUGUGGAUUUUGAUAAGUUGUCAGUGAUCAGUGUCAGCUGUAAUGUUCACAAUAAAAGCAUUCAUUAUU